UCGAGUCAGAAUCAGCUCGCGCCUCCCCUUCCCACCUCCACUCGUUUCGCUCCUCUGAUUCUCUCCCCCCCGCGCCACCGCCACCGCCACGACCGCCGCCGGCAGCCCCGCCCCCACCCACGCGCGAGCGCAAUGCUGGUGGCGUCGCUCAGGCCGGGGCCUUCGCUCGCGGCCUUCCCCGCUUCCGCCCGGAGGAGCCCAGUUCCCUUCCUCCCCUUCCCUGCCCGCCUGCACCACCGGUCCCUGCUGCUCUCCGCAACCGCCGAGGGAACCGGCGCCCCCGCCGGCCAGGGUGACGCCUCGGAUGCGCCAGUCGACGAGGCGCGCCUGCCGCAGUUCGCUGUGGACUGGGAAGCUGCGCGCACUUACAAGGACCAGGGGAACAUUCUCACGCUGCCGGUGCUGAGGGCCAAUAGCGGCGGGCUUAUCGUCAGGUUCAACUCCCUGCAGGGGUUCGUGCCCAACCCUCUCCUCAGCCCCGCGCACUGGUGUGAAGACCCCAAAAGGCCCAUCCAAGAUAUUACAAAAGACCUAGUAGGAACGUCCAUUUCUGUCAAGGUUGCUGAAGUGAAUGAGGAGGAAAGGAAGCUUGUCUUCUCUGAGAAGGAUGCUAGUUGGUCAACAUACUCUUCUCUAAUAAAGAUUGGCGACAUCUAUGAUGGAAUUGUGGGCUCAGUGUUUCCCUAUGGUGCAUUUGUUCACCUGCGAUUUCCUGAUGGACUAUAUCAUCUUACUGGUCUUGUACAUAUCUCCGAGGUGUCUUGGGAUCUUGUCCAAGACGUCCAGGAUUUUCUAAACGAAGGGGACGCUGUCAAGGUCAUAGUUGUGAACAUUGAUACGGCAAAGUCAAGGAUAGCUUUAUCUAUCAGACAACUGGAGGAAGAUCCUCUAUUGGAGACAUUGGACAAAGUUAUCCCUUUGGAAGCUGAUCAAUCACCUGAUCGUAUGAUGUCCCCUUCAGAAGUUGAACUUCUGCCAGGACUUGAUGGUAUAUGUAAUGAACUAUUGCAAGAGGAUGGUAUAACAGAUGUACAGUUUGGGCGCCAAGCAUCGGAGAAACGUGUUGUUUCACAAGAUUUGGAGCUUUGGCUUUCCAAUGCUCCAGCUAAGGAUAACAAGUUCACACUUCUUGCACGAGCUGGGAGGCAGGUCCAGGAAGUGUAUUUGACCACUUCGCUAGACCAGGAGGGCAUAAAGAAAGCUGUGCAAAGAGUAUUAGGGCGUGUUCCUUGAUCCUGACACGCAGCAUGUACAAACCGAGGUGUGUUUGUCCUCCCCGAUUUUCUAACUAAAGCAUUACAAGGAAUCAACAGUAUGAGCAAAUAGCCCAAAACAUUUAGCACUGUCAGUCUGUCACAACAUCCGGCUAAAUUUUUCUCUGUUGGAUACUACACCAACCAAAAUGUGUAAAUAUUUUCAGUCCUACACGAGUAGGUUAGGCACCUUGGGCCAUCUCUUUAAACAAAGAUGUUUGCUAAGCAGUGGUUUUGUGUAUUUGCUGGGGUCUGCCUUUUGAUGCCCUGUGCACUUGUCAUACUGUGACAGUUCAAUGCUUGUACUUGUCUGAACUCUUGAGGCAAUUUGUGUAUAUGAGGGCA